UUAAAAAACAAAAAUCUAAGCUGCUGUUUUUUUAAUUGGCAUCACACAGUUUGGGUUGCGAGGCUGGGCACUACCUGUUCCACUGGUAAAGGUAUAGGGGCUGGGCGUAUUGAGGGAGGCAGGCAUGUAAUGUGAUGGAUCGCAGAUCCUGAAUGCAGUCUGCUAGGGAUUGUGUAGGGAGCACUUGCUGAGCUGUAGAGUAGAAGGCGUGCUCCUUGGCACACAGCUAAUGCCCCUGAUGCUGGCACAGCUGCCAGUACAGCCCAGUAAGAGCCUCUAUAUAACAAAGAGGAGCCCAGGAUGGAAUGUGCCCAGAUGGCUGAAUGAACUCCCAGGGACACCCAUGUGAUGGAGACAAGUCAUUAGUCUAUUGAGCUGCAUUGCUGGUGACUGUGCUGUGCUGGGCAAGCUCCUCAUUAAUCAGAUAUCUUCUCAUUUCUGUGUCCUUCCUUAUUUCUCCAGGAAAAGCCAGGAGUCGCUGAGUUUCCUUAUCAGUUCCCAAAGUGGCUCUAGGAGGAGCCUGUCUGUCGUCUCCUUCUUCCCCCUUGCUGUUUGGGGAGAUGGUCAGACAAGUCAGCAGCACCAAGUGUGGGAAGUGCUGGAGGAAAGGCUGAAGUCAAUGACAGGAUACCGUACACCAAGGAGCAGUGCUUUUCUAUCGGGACCUGUGUGUGUGUUUUCCUGGAGCCCAGCCGGGGGAUCAUAGAGGAUUGUACGGAGAUUAUUGCUCGUUAUUUGUCUUUUUACUCAUCCAGCCGGAGGAUGCAUCGCACGCCGCUCCGCUUCUGCUGCUACUACUACAGCUUGCUUCUUCUACUACUCAUCAGUGUGGGCGCUGCUACUAAGAACGAUAAAUGUGGUGAUACUAUAAAAGUAAAGGAAGCCCACUACCUAACCUCCCCUGGAUAUCCUACAACCUACUACCCAUCCCAGAGAUGCGAGUGGAUUAUACAAGCCCCUGAAAAGUACCAGAGGAUCGCCAUUAACUUCAACCCUCACUUCGACUUAGAAGACAGGGAGUGCAAAUAUGACUUUGUGGAAGUGUAUGAUGGAGUGAAUUCUACUGGCCGCCUCUUGGGGAAAUUCUGCGGAAAGAUUGCACCACCAUCGCUGAUCUCCAAUGGACCUUCCUUGUUUAUUCGAUUCGUAUCAGACUACGAAACACACGGGGCUGGAUUUUCAAUUCGCUAUGAGAUUUUGAAAGCAGGUCCGGAAUGCUCCCGCAAUUUUACAGCACCCUUCGGAGUAAUAAAAUCUCCUGGCUAUCCAGAAAAGUACCCCAAUGCUAUCGAAUGUACGUACACUAUCUUUGCGCAAAAGAUGUCAGAGAUUAUCGUGGAGUUUGAAGGAUUUGAACUUGAACCGGACUCUAAUAGCCCAGGCCGGGCAUGCCGAUAUGAUUACUUGGAAAUAUGGGAUGGAUUUCCUGGAGUGGGGCCUUACAUUGGACGUUACUGUGGACAGAACACGCCAGGACGUAUUCGUUCCUCAACUGGAAUCCUAACGAUGAUUUUUCACACGGACAAUGCUAUAGCCAAAGAAGGAUUUUCUGCAAACUACACCGUGUUACAGAGCAAUGCCGAGGAAGAUUUUGAGUGUAGAGAACCUCUUGGAAUGGAAUCUGGGGAGAUCACAUCAGAUCAAAUCACUGUAUCCUCACAGUACAGCACCAACUGGUCUGCAGAAAGAUCUCGAUUGAACUAUGUUGAGAAUGGCUGGACACCUGGUGAAGACACUGUUAAAGAGUGGGUACAGGUAGACCUCGGACUUCUGCGUUUUGUUUCUGGCAUUGGAACCCAGGGAGCCGUAUCAAAGGAAACCAAGAAGAAGUAUUUUGUGAAAUCCUAUAAAAUUGAUAUUAGCUCUAAUGGAGAAGACUGGAUUACAUUAAAAGAUGGAAAUAAACCUCUAAUUGUUCAAGGAAACACAAAUCCAAUUGAUGUUGUAUACCGACCAUUUCCUAAGCCUGUGCUAACAAGGUAUAUUAAACUCCGUCCCGUGACUUGGGAGACUGGAAUCUCUUUAAGAUUUGAAGUCUAUGGCUGUAAAAUAACAGAUUACCCCUGCUCGGGAAUGCUUGGGAUGGUUUCAGGACUCAUAACCGAUGCUCAGAUUUCGGCCUCUAGCCAAUUUGAUCGGAACUGGAUCCCUGAGUUUGCUCGCUUGGUAACCAGUCGAUCUGGCUGGGCUCUGCCACCUUCUAACAAUCACCCCUACACAAAGGAAUGGUUGCAGAUUGACCUUGGAGAAGAAAAGAUUAUUCGGGGCAUUAUCAUUCAGGGAGGGAAACAUCGGGAGAACAAAGUUUUCAUGAGAAAGUUCAAGAUCGCCUACAGUAAUAAUGGGACUGAAUGGGAGAUGAUUAUGGAUUCCAGCAGAAACAAACCAAAGACAUUUGAAGGCAAUACAAAUUAUGACACCCCAGAGUUACGGACCUUUGCCCCUAUCACUACCCGCUACAUCCGCAUAAUCCCUGAAAGAGCUUCACUGUCGGGUCUUGGUUUACGACUGGAACUACUGGGCUGCGAAAUUGAAGCGCCAACCUCCACUCCCACCACCCCAAAGAUGGGAGCUGAAGAUGAAUGUGACGAUGAGCUGAUUCCCUGCCACAGCGGGACAAGCGAAGACUACAAACAAGCAGGUGGAACCACAAUUCAGAGCACAGAGGCACCAACCACUGAAGACAUCACAGAAACAGAUUCGUUGCAAACCAACCUGGACUGUACAUUUGGCUGGGGAUUACGGAAAACAUUUUGCCAAUGGGAACAUGAUCACACCUUGAGCUUCAAGUGGACUUUGGUGAACAGCAAAACAGGCCCAGUGCAGGAUCACACAGGAGAUGGGAAUUUUAUUUACUCUGAAGCUGAUGAAAGACACAGAGGUAAAGUGGCCCGACUAUUGAGUCCUGUGGUGGACUCCAAAUCCUCCCACUGCAUGACGUUUUGGUACCACAUGUCUGGCGCCCACUUUGGUUCUUUGAGCAUCAAACUAGAGUACCUAAAGGAAAGCUUCGGUCAGAUGUUGUGGUCAGUAGGUGACCACGAGCGCCCGGAUGACAACUGGAGGGAAGCUCGGGUGUUACUACACAAGUCACCGAAGCCGUAUCGGGUGGUGAUUGAGGGCAUGAUUGGCAAAGGAAGCAGUGGAGGGAUUGCUGUGGAUGAUAUCAUUAUUGCUAAUCACAUACUUCCUGAACAAUGCAAAGGUCCUGACUCACCUGAACAUGGAACAGGAACCGAGGGCAAUGAAAACGAUAAGCCAGGGAUUACUCCUAAUUACCCUGGUGAAGGCCCUAAUGAAGGCAUCUCCAAGACGCCAGGCGGUGUACUAAAGACCCUGGACCCCAUCCUCAUUACCAUCAUUGCUAUGAGCGCUUUGGGAGUCCUACUUGGUGCCAUUUGUGGCGUGGUUCUAUACUGUGCCUGUUGGCACAAUGGCAUGUCAGAGAGGAACUUAUCUGCCCUGGAAAAUUAUAAUUUCGAACUUGUGGACGGUGUCAAGUUAAAAAAAGACAAACUAAACACACAGAAUACAUAUUCAGAGGCAUGAAGCAGCAAAAAGAAUAUAAAGAUAAUUGUUGCAGAUAAAUUCAGCGGAAAGACUAAAGUCAGUUUUGGUGGAGGCGAACCAAUGAACUUUUACUGCUAGGCUAUAAAAUGCAUUGGUUGACGUGAAGCCAAACUUCUCUCAGGAGCUUCGGUGAAAAUACCUGAAAACUAUGGACGCAUAUACAAUCUGAAUCAUGUACAGCUGGCUUUUCUGUUUUUGUUUUGUUUUUUUGGAUAAUCAGAUGCUGGUUUUGAGACCAAUUAUGAUUGACUUUAUGGUUUUGUAAACUCCGUUCCAUUUUGCUUUGUUUUUCUGCUGCGGAUAUCUUUGUUGUGAGCAGAAUCCAGAAUACUGUCACAGAAAUACACAGAGUGGGGUUCUGUGGAUGGUCACAUGGUAUGCCACGUCCACCAAGUCCCCCACCACACGCAUCAUAGGACUUGCAGCACAAAUUUCUCCUCCUGUUUGUGCAUAUCUGUUUGUGCUGUGUAUAAAGCAACAAAUGCUUAGGAAGUCCUAAACAAAAUGUGCCACUAUGAUGUUUUCUGGCAAUUUUUAAAGCAACGCUACCCAUUAAUGUUGUGUUUCAGUGUUGUUCUGGAGCAUAGUGCUUUAAAACGUCUAUAGGGUUCAUGCACUAUCAUCAAAUGCAAUGGGCAAUAGAGGGUAUGGCCUACCCUUAAGACAAUGUUGUUGGCACUGGCUAGUGGAUGUCCUCUCAAGUGCCUUUUUGUGUUUGUGUUAGUUUUGACUGUGUUCUCACUGAUUGCAACAAUGCUUUUUGUUUCAGUCGUUUAUCAUUACACGCCCUUGUCUAGAACUAUGUACCAUGAUGGCCAAAAACAAAAUGUGAUGAUGGCCUCUCAAAGGCAAGGGCUACCACUGAAUCAUCAACUCAACCGAAAGUUUUUAUUUUGAAACAGAACGAUUUUUUUCAUUUUCUUUUAAUGUUAAAUCCAUUACUUUUUUAUUUAAUUUUUUAUUUUUUUUGUAAAAGGCUGCAAUAUCCCAUUUUUUUCUCUGUAGAAUGUAUUUAACAGUCUAUACUCAACUCUGAGUAAACAAUGUAAAAGUUUUUGCCAUAGAUUAACAGGCAAAACACAGCUCUGUUUCCGAUACUGAAAUGAUCCUCUGGUGUAAAUCCAAUAAGGGAAACUUCUUACAUUAACCCUACAAAGUCUAACUUUGGCUUUCUGUCUGGAUGUUAGAAGAUGCAGUAUCAUUUUUCACCGUAGGGCAAAGUAUAUGAAGUUUAUUUAAUAACAAUGGUAGAAGUCAGGGCUUGACGAAACACAGAACAGCCAAUAGGAUAAUGGUCCUGAGCAGAAGGGGUGUUUGUCUGAUUGGCUGUUUUGAGUUAUACCACAGCACUUUUGUUAUUUAAAAUGUCAUGUGUUACAAAAUGAGCAAUGGAAUGCAGGAGGUUUUCGGUGUUGGGUAAAAUGUUUUGAAACCUAUUGUGUGUUAUUUAUUAUAUCUAAAAAAUUCCUAAGAUAUAUCACCCCUUAGCAGGUGUACAGGAGCAAUGUAGGGCGGGCAAUCACUCUACAAAACAUUCAAAGAACGAGACAGUAAGCCAGUUUUAUGGCCAGGACUUUCAGGUCAUUUCGUUCUUCUACUCAUAGAGACCAGUGUAACCCAAUGACAUCUGUAAGGCUGGAGGUGCACUACUCCAUCCUCUAUCAUUCAUCUUAUUGUACAGCACACCAUUCUACCAGCCCACAUAAAAAAACAGGCCAUUAGUCCAGCCAAGCAUUCAUGUUUAUGACAAUUGAGGGGAGAGAAGACAAAGGGAGAGUGGCAGUUUUUAUCUCAGUGGGGAACAGUAGAGGAAAGACUUCUUGGCCAGUUCAGAAGAAACAAAAAACAGUAGGGAAAAAA